AUGGGAGGCAGAUCCUCCAAAGUUGUUAUUACGCCGGAAGCUCAGGCAACGACAUCUACUCAACCUGAGGGAACGAUUACCCAAUUGAAGGAGGUUGGGGAGAAUGUGAAUGGUGAUAGCAUUCCACCGAUUGAUGGAAAUGCGUCUGCAAAUGAACAGAACGGGGACUGUUCGACCGCCAAUACAACAGCUGCAACGCUUCCUGCAGUUGACGAGCCUAAGGAGUCAAAAUCUACCCAUAAGAAAUCUAACCCAAUAAUUUGGAUGCAAAAGAAGAUUUCCUUCAAGAAGGCAAAGGCGUCAAAGGCGGCCGUCCAUGAGGAAAAGCCUGAUGAGGCUGCAAAAUCGGAUCAGCCCGCCCCUGAACCGGUUCAAGAGAAGCCAGAAGAGCAUACUGGCGAUGCUGAAGCCCAAUCAGAGGAGAUUUCAACGGUCGAUCAUGGCACAACCAUUCCAGAGCCUGCAGCAGAGUCGUCGAAUGAGCCUCUUGUGGAGAUUACUCCAUCCUUGAACGGACUUCAGGAGAAUAUUGGUGAGGAACAGUUUCUCGGAGAGCCGGAAACAUUUAUGGAAGGGGAAAAGGAGAACAUUGCCUCUAUCUCUGAGAAGUCGGAGGAGGAGUCCAAGACGGACGUAAGCGUAGCAGAAAAGCUUGCCAAUCUGGGAAUUGACUCGGCUCAGUCACUCCAGUCCAACAAUGUGGAUGUGCAUGUCAACGGUGAUACUGCUGUGGAGGAGAGCUAG